AUGGUCUUGUUACAAGUUCAAUGGGUCAUUUUAUGGCUUGUUAGCGGUUAUGGGUUUGUAUUUGCAGAUCAAACUGCGUGGAAAACUGAUUCUUUUGAUACAUAUCAAGCAGAAGCCAAUAAGUCACUGUUAUGGGCACCUUAUAGAUCGAACUGUUAUUUUGGGAUCAGACCCCGUUACGUCAAUGAGUAUCCGUUUUUGAUGGGAUUGAUGUGGAUGGAUACGUCGAACGUUGAUGCUUUCUCAAAACUACGGCAUUUUGUCGAUCAGGGCGAUAAUAUGCAGAAAUGCGCCUGGGAGAUUAACGACCCUAGAUUUGGUGGGAAAGAAAGGAUAAUAGACCCCGAAAACAAUUUAAAUUUGACUUUGUUUUUUGCUAAAUCUAGGGAUGGGAACAAUUGGGGGGUAAGGGUGAUGGGUCAAGUACUAGAUACGACUAAGAGCAGCACUGAGUCCCUGAUACUGUAUAUGAAUCAAAAUGGGAAACCUGGCGACUCUGCAAGGCUGGAUCGUGUGACAUCGUCAAUAAACCCUUCAAAAGUUUUGCAAUUUGAAGGAUUUUCUCCAGAGCUCGGAGAUUACAGCGUGACUAUUGAAGAUAUUACCGGGACACUGUACAACUCCCAAUCAAGUGCGCACAUGUCUUUAACAGUUCCUAAUGAGCAUGUUUGGAAGGCCCGCGACGUGUUUCAAACAAUACUGCGUGAUUGUAUUCAAGAUUUUACCAAGGAAACAGAGUUGAAGCCUGAUUUAUUGCCAACCGCAUUUACUAUAAGAAAUAUUCACAAUUUCCCGGCCGGAAACUUCCAUUACGUUCAAAAAACUUUCCAAUUGAACGAGCCAUUCCAGUUUGAUUUAAUUUUCAAUAAUCGUCAAUCCAAGCAACCCAUCAAGUCAAGCAAUGAACUCUCGAACCUCAUUACAUGGUCUUUGGAUACAAUUGAAAACAAAUUUGCUAAGUCAUUUUCUUUCAAAAGCGAAGAGGAGAAAAAGUUUGCCCGCGAGAGUUUGUCUAAUCUUCUUGGUGGGAUUGGGUAUUUCUAUGGGACGCAGCGCGUUGACCGGACCACUGUUUUAGACGAGGAGCAAUUCGAGAAAAUUGAGCUCAACAAUGCCGGAGAAGAAGGUCCUUUAGAGCUUUUCAGCAGCGUCCCUAGUCGUGCAUUUUUCCCGCGUGGAUUUUAUUGGGAUGAAGGGUUUCAUUUGCUUCAAAUUAUGGAAUAUGACUUUGACUUGGUGUUAGAGAUUUUACAAAGCUGGUUCAAUUUGAUUGACGAAGAUGGAUGGGUUGCUCGAGAAUUGAUAUUGGGAGAUGAGGCUCGAAGCAAAGUGCCAGAAGAGUUUCAAGUGCAAAACCCCAAUAUAGCAAAUCCUCCAACACUUUUGCUUUGCUUUAGUGAAAUGCUUGCAAGGGCACAGGAAUUUAGCGAAGCUCAAGGUACUGAUCAAGAACUUGGUAUUGAACAAACAAACGAUCAGCUUUUGAAAAACUCUGAUUUGCUUCUUGCCUACGCUAAAAACGUCUACCCUCAGCUGUUAAGACAUUUUGAAUGGUUCACCAGGACGCAACGUGGAAUGAUUGAGGAAUACCUUGAAUUCCUGGAUGAAAACGUGCACCCACAAGAAGCAUUUAGAUGGGUUGGACGUACUUUCACACAUUGCCUCCCUAGUGGGCUGGAUGACUAUCCUCGCGCACUUCCUCCCGACGUUGCAGAACUCAAUGUUGAUGCGCUUGCCUGGGUGGGGGUGAUGGCCAGAUCGAUGAAGCAAAUUUCAGGAAUUAUAGGUUUAGAGGAUGAUAGUGAAGAGUUCGCUAGAAUUGAGCGUAAUAUAGUCGAGAACCUGGAUAUCAUACAUUGGAGUGAGAAGGACGCUUCUUACUGUGAUGUGACUGUCGAUGACGAAGCUGACGAUCCACGCAAAUUUGUCUGCCACCAGGGCUACGUGACUCUGUUACCAUUUGCACUGAAGCUCGUGGAUCCGAGCUCCGCCAAGAUAACCCAUUUCGUGGAUCUGAUAGCAGAUUCUGACAAGUUGUUGAGUGAUUACGGUUUGUUGUCUUUGUCGAAACAAGACAAGCUAUUCGAUACAGGCGAAGUUUACUGGAGAGGUCCCGUGUGGAUCAAUAUUAAUUACCUCUGUUUGGAUGCUUUGCUACAUUACGCUAGAAGCGACAGCUUCACCAAACCAGAAACCGCUGAAAAGGCCCGCAACGUAUACCACGUCCUUCGCGAAAACCUGAUUUCAAAUAUGUACCGUGUGUGGAAUGAAAGUGGCCACGUCUACGAAAACUACAAUCACCACAGCGGUAGAGGGUCUGGCACACAACAAUUUACUGGCUGGAGCUCUUUGAUUGUAAAUAUCAUGGGCCGUUUUCCUAAAGAGCUAGAUGGGUUUUGA